GAAGAGAAAGAGGAAUGUAUAAAAGGGGAGGGGUUUGUGUGACGUGGCAACGCUGGAUUGGUGAAUAGACGUGGAAGCAGAGAGAUUUGCGUGCAAUGUUUGUGAAUUUUUGUUGAAGUUGAGCAUUGAAGGUGGGUUUGUGUAAGUGGUUUAAGGAGACGAUGAAGGCAUUGAUUUUGGUGUUGAUAUUCUUCUCUUUCACCCUUUCCUUCUCCAAACAAAUCUUCCCUGCUCAUAUCGGUAGCAUUUUUGGCGGUGGCGGUGGCGGUGGCAGCUCUCGCGGACCUAAAUACAAGAUCGAAUUCCAUCCCCAAGAUUCCCCUUUUCACCCUGAUGAUGAUCAGGAAUCUGUUGUCAUGCCGGACAAAAAUGGACAGAAAUUUAUAUGUUACUUGCCUAAAGUGGAAAAGGAGAAAAGUGGAAAACCUGUUAUCCAGCACAAUAUUAGCAGUAUGAUUGUUGAAACUGAGAAAAGGAUUAAACAGAAGACACCUGAUGAACUGCUAGAAGUAUUAAAGGGUCCAUGCUUUAUCAGACAAGAAGGUUGGUGGUCAUAUGAAUUUUGCUAUCAAAAGAAGUUGCGGCAACUGCAUUUGGAAGAUGAUAAGGUAGUCCAGGAGUUUGUCUUGGGAGAGUAUGAUCCAGAGGCUACUGCUGCAUUUAACCAAAAUCUUUCAGACAUUUCUACAUUGAAGGAUCCCCGCUCAAAGGAUGCAUCUCAAAGGUAUCAUGCUCAUCAAUAUACUAAUGGGACCAUAUGUGAUCUCACAAAUAAGCCAAGAGAGACUGAGGUGAGGUUUGUAUGCUCGGAACCAAGAGCAAUGAUUAGUUCAAUCACGGAAAUUUCCACUUGCAAGUAUGCACUCACAAUUCAUUGUCCCACACUAUGCAAACACCCAUUGUUCCAAGAGGAGAGACCAGUAUGGCACACCAUCGACUGUAAUGCACUUCCUAAGAAUUACGAGGAUAGUAAAGUGAGACAAGAAAACACAAAUAUGGAGAUUGUUAUGAUCACAGAUUCCGAAAUUAAUGACUCAGAGUCGGAACAAUGAUGUAAAUAUACACAACGAGUUAAUGAGAAUGGGGAAAAAAGGCAAUAGGUCAGGUUGCUGGCACGUAUUUUCUACAGUAUCAAAAGAGAGGUAAAAAAAAAACGUAUUUUCUACUAGUCCGCUUUCCAAACAGUGGAUAGACAUAGUGCUUUCUAACUUUCGAAAGAUCAUAUCUCCAGUAAAAGUAAAGUUCAUCUUGUCGAGGCUCUUGGAGCUUGUGCAAGAUUUUUGUUUUAUUCUUCGCGUUAUUAUUAUUUGGAAACAGGACUUCUAUUAUUAUUAUUCUUUGCUAACAUAUUCUUCAUACAUUUUGGUUGCAUAUUUAUAUGCAAAUAUUAUUCUUGAAAAAUCCAAUUUUGAAGAGUACGUAUUAUGUGAGGAAAUUGAGGAAUGUAUAACGUUUAUUUAGGGGAACCGGCUUUGAAUGCAUCCGACACAAUCAAGGUGAAGUUGUUAAUUAGGGGGGAAAUGAAAUGCAAUGAAUCGGGAAGACGAAAUCAAUAAGAACAAGGUCAUUCUACGUUUUAGUAGGGCAUGCAAAUAUGGACGAUUCAAGAGGAAGUAAUGGGAUUUCUCUGAAUCAUAUCACUGAGUAUACCUUUCACGAUAAAUGAGUCACUCGUGAUUUUUGACAUGGCUGUUUUACAUGGGAAGCUAAUACCCCCUGUUUGGACGUGUGAAAGAAGAAAUUCUUACUUCCUAGAGGUCUUAACGUGUGUUUGGUUUUCUCUUUAGAAUAGAACUAAAUAAAUGUUUGAAUUUAUGUAAAAAAAAAUUCCUUUCAUGUUUUUCCCUUCGUAAUGUGUGCAAUGACCUAUCAGAAUAUAUCCAAACAUUUAGACAAAAUAAAAGCUUACUUUACGAAAUAACUUGUUUAAACCGUUGAUUGAGACAAGAAUACCUAUUUUUUACAUAGGAGAAAACAGUGUAAAUUGCUGCGCAUAUGGUCAAGUUUUUUUAAAUUCGAGGGCAUCCUUUAGGAUGAAUUGUUAGAUAGACAAUGACAUCUUAGUUGGAGUGUCCUAUGGUUGAGGACAACUCUAGUUUAUGCACGAUAUAAUCACGAAAUAAAGUAUUGAACUUAAUUAGGUUGUACGUUAGAAACAAUAGGUGACAAAUCUGUUGAGCACUUUGGCCUGGCAUACCUUUUUGAGAAUUACUUUUGGAAAUUUCAAAAGCAAUUUAAGUAUCUAAUACUAAAUGGAAUUAAUAUCAUUAGAACUCCAAGGAGUGAGCACAUAUUCAUAGUACACAUUUACACAUUGCGCUAUAUACACAAGCGCCCUGAAAGUUAAGGGCAGAAAUACAUUCAUUAUCUAUGUCAUCCUGCUAUUUACAUAAACUGACCAUUAUUCUUUAAAAUAAUUUUCUUCUUACUGGGACGGAACAGCCUUCCCACAACUAUCUGCUGACUCAACUAAAGCGAUGUACUCAGUUAUGGCUUCCCCUUCUACAUUAAUGUCAAUGUCGUAAUCCGCUAAGGCAUCUGCUUUUGCUAUAUCUGCAGAGAGCUCAUCUUCCAUCUCUAUAUCUCGUUCUUCUGUUUUACUGUAAUCAGAUGGAUCUUCAACCUCAUUCAUCAUAUCUAGCAUAUCAGAAUUAACAUUGUCUGAUACAGGAGCAGAUGAACUUGCACUGCCAUGGGGAGCAGCAGUUGCUUGAGGUUGCGUAUUUACAUCAGCAGAUGUGGGAUCAGUAUCAGGUUGUGCUGUCAGUCUUUGCAAUACUUGUUCUAAGGUACCACCAGCCUCAAAAGCAGCAACCACUGCCAAAAAAAAAAAAAAACAGCUGUAUCAGAACGCAGUAGAACAGCCCUAUAUGUCUAUAUAACCAGGUAUCACCUAGGCACAUUGUUGUGCCUUGAAUCUAGACAACAACUAUACCUAUUGAUCUUUCAAAACCCAUUUGCACAACUUUUUCAAUAGCAGAAUCUUUUGCUUGUUUCUCUCUCUUCCUUUUCCUUGUCUCGAUAUUAACCUUCAUGUGAUGAGAGUAAGUAGGAAUAUUAUUUGAAGUUACAUAGGAUUUUGUGAAGACAUAUAGUAACCUGUAAAGAAGAAUUAGUUUCUGGAUUUGUCAAAUCAUCCAAUGCCUUCUGAGAAUCGUUUUCAUUUUUUCUAAGGGCUUCAGCAGCAAGCUCCUUAUCAAACCUGCCAGAAUAGUAGCAAGUGUCAAGUCUGACUAGUACAGUGUAUGCAAGUUCUGUGAAACAGAUUUAUAAAAUACUAAUCUAAUAUGAUUAGCAAGCAAAGACUGAAAAAAAAGAAAUACAACAAUUAAUCCAUGUUGGAAAUGCAAUAUGGAACUACAGAUAGUGACCAGCCAAGGAUGUUCGUUUAAAUCACGAAGAGGCCUCUCAAACAUUACCAAAUACCGAAACCAACAAUACAACUAAAAAAUAACACUCACCCAAUAGAGACCAAUUCCUUCAAUCUCUCAAGAUCCACAGCUUUCUUUAAGGGUGUCAUCCCAUACAUCUUUUGCUCCCUGGAUGGAAGCUAUUUAGAAAGAGA